CCUCUCACAAGAGGAGGGUAAGGGUGCUGGCUAAAAGCGUGCCGAGUUAUUGGAUACGUGUUGUUGCUAGGGGCGUGGGUUGCGUCGUGCCACUGAUUCCUCCCCAAACCUUCAAAGAAAGAAAGCGAGAGAAUAGGAGGAUGAACCCGGCAAGACAAGGGUGGCAACAUCAGCUGGUCCAGAGAUGCGCGGACGGCUGCCUGAUCCGACCUGUGCCGCAGUGAGCAUAAUCUCAUAAGCGCUUCUGUCCAUCCGCUACUCUGCUGCAGGACGGCUCUGAAGGGACAGAAAACAAAAGUGCGUGCGGAUUCUUUUCUUGAGAAUUAUGCUCAGCUCUCACUUGUCGGAGCAGAAUCGCGUCAGCCGCUGAUUUCAGUGAGUCAGAGUGCGGGAUGGGGAGAGGGAGGACAGACCGCUGCGCACUUUCUCUGUCCCGUGAUGUGUCUUCGCAGCGGCUGGUGCGUGGCACAGUUUCAACAUCCUGGUCUAUAGGCCGGGGAGGAUUCGCUUGAGGAACGUUUUGUUGGAGCGGGAAUCUGAUGCAAGGUGGAUGAAGGGGAUUCAGUGAGUUCCGGUCGGCGAUGACAUCAGGCUGAAGUGUUGCAGUCAGGUGGUUUGGGAGGCGUGAGGUGGCGUGGAGCAAUGCGUGCAUCCUCCGACCUGCACGCCUUCAGGAGAACGAGCUACGUCCUGAACAAAUUCAAGACAUUAGGCCACUCAUCCUGAGCUGAGCUGGCCAACUGCGUCACUGCAAGUGCAGGUAGGCUGCAAACUACCCUACGAAGUCGGGAGAGGAGCAUGCUCCCCAGCCCUUCCUGCACCAUGUCGCCGGUUAGUGUCUUGACAAUCUAAGGGGGGAUGAAUUCAGCUGACAUUUCCAGCAAAGAUCCGCCGCUCGGAUCCACGUUUUCCUCAACUCCUAACCUAGACUCGGACAUUAACGCAAACGCGUGCAGGCAUGUGUAUGAGAAUGGGAUGGACCACAAUGUCAACAUCCAGAACGCAGCGCUCCGCGGGGCCAGCGACCCCAGCUCCUACCCCUCCACGGAGUACCAGGGGCUGGGCCGCCGCAGGUUCAUCCGCCGGAGUCUGUGGGUGUCGGACCAUGACGAGCAGCCGCUGGAUACAUCGGAUCUCGUCAGCAGCAGCCCGGUGCCCAACAUCGAUCUCCGGACUAUAGUGGAUCGGAGUCGGACCCGGGCUCUGCUUUCAGAGACCUCCAGCACGGAGAGACAGGUGGGGCUGAAGGACAGCGUCACGGAAAGCGUGAGCGCCGAUGAGGAGCGUGGGGACAGGUUGGAGACGGGGCCCAAGGCGGACCCGGGUCCAUCAGAUGUUACAGGUAAAGCAGGCAGCGACGAAAACGAAGAGGAGCCCGGGAUGAAGGCUGUGUCCACCUCCCCCGGAGGACGCUUUCUGAAGUUUGACAUUGAGUUGGGGAGAGGAUCUUUCAAAACCGUCUACAAAGGUCUGGACACGGACACCUGGGUGGAGGUGGCCUGGUGUGAACUGCAGGAAAGGAAACUAUCCAAAGCAGAGAGGCAGCGGUUCAAAGAGGAGGCAGAGAUGCUGAAGGCCCUGCAGCAUCCCAACAUCGUGCGAUUUUAUGACUUCUGGGAGUCACCAGUAAAAGGGAAGAAGUGCAUCGUCCUUGUGACAGAGCUAAUGACAUCAGGAACACUGAAAACGUAUCUAAAGCGCUUCAAGGUUAUGAAGCCCAAAGUCCUGAGAAGGUGGUGUCGGCAGAUUCUCAAAGGCCUCCAUUUCCUCCACACAAGGACGCCUCCCAUCAUCCACAGAGACCUCAAGUGUGACAACAUUUUCAUCACUGGUCCAACUGGCUCUGUCAAAAUAGGAGACCUUGGAUUAGCAACACUAAAGAGGGCCUCUUUUGCCAAAAGUGUUAUUGGUACUCCAGAGUUUAUGGCUCCAGAGAUGUAUGAGGAGCACUAUGACGAGGCUGUGGAUGUCUAUGCUUUUGGGAUGUGUAUGCUGGAGAUGGCCACCUCAGAGUAUCCUUACUCUGAGUGUCAGAAUGCUGCUCAGAUCUACCGCAAAGUCACAAGUGGGGUGAAGCCUGCCAGCUACGGCAAAGUCAGUGACCCAGAAAUAAAGGAAAUUAUUGGGGAGUGUAUCUGCCACAGAUGGGAGGAACGGUACUCCAUCAAGGACCUCCUGAACCAUGCAUAUUUUGCCGAAGACACAGGAGUUAGGGUUGAGCUAAAUGAGGAGGACGAUGGACAAAAAUCAACCAUUGCUUUAAAGUUGUGGGUUGAAGAUCCUAAAAAGUUAAAGGGAAAAUAUAAGGACACUGGUGCUAUUGAGUUUACCUUUGACUUGGAGAAAGAAGUUCCAGAAGUAGUUGCACAAGAAAUGGUGGAGUCAGGAUUUUUCUUGGAAUGUGAUGUAAAGAUAGUUGGUAAAUCUAUCAGAGACCGUGUGGCUUUAAUAAAAUGGAGGAGGGCAAGGACUGGCUCACCAAAUGGAAACAGUGAAGUGAAGAAGAUGCAGCAGAACCUUCUGCAGGUCCCUGGUACUGGUCCACCUGAGGAAACCAUAUUCACCACUGCAGAUUGUGAGGACCAAGAAACUCUGAUCUGCACUGUUCCUGUAAUCACACCCGCCACAUCUGAUAGCGGAGUGAACUCCAACGUGCAAUUAGACGAUCUGAGCAAUCAGCAGAAUGGUCCCUACCAGUCACUUCCAGAACCCAUUUCUACUGCACAGAUGCUCUACAGUCCUCCUUCACAAACUGACUCCCAGCUGCACCAAGGAUCCUACCAGCAAUCUGCAGGACAGGCCUCGCAUGAAAACAACAAACAGCCAACCACACAGCCACACCAGGGAGCCUACCAGCAACCCACAGCAGAUCAGCUGCAUCCUGGGACCUUCCAACAGCCUGCAGCACAACUUCACCACGGGCCUUUUCAGUGUCAAACAACAGUUUCUGCUCCAGCUACCCCAGUGCCCCCUGUGCAGCAGAGCAGACAGACAUCCCAGAGUUUCCCAGCUGCAGCCCCAACUCUGCAGAUGCAUCUUACUGUCCAGUCCACCCAGGAGCAGUGUCAUCUCCAACCAGCUGCCGUCCCGUCUCAGUUGUUUUCUGCUGAUCAGCCGUCGUCACAGCUGAGUCCUCCUGAUUCCGCUGGCAGGUUUCCGCUCUGCAGUGCUCCUCCCCCUCUCCUGCCCCUGCCCAUCAGUACACAGUUUCCAACUCCAUACCCUGUCGUUCACAUGCCCGCUCCCUUUUCCCCAGCUUCUCUGCCGUCCACCUUCAGCAGCAGCGACGCUGCUAUGUCUACCUCUUACUACUCACCUUCACCUCUCCUUCCCCCCCUCGCUCUCACUCCUCACACAGCUCUCACAUCUAUAUCUUCUCUUGGGACUCCUCAGACUCCCAUGUCCACACCACAAAAUGUCCCCAGUUUGUCUCUCCCCUUUCCUCACCUGGGAAUAGCCAAGUCCCAUGUGGUGCCACAGCAGCAGGUUGGCCCACACACAUCUCAGCAGCACACCAGUAGCCUCCAUUUCACCCAUCCCUUACCUUUCUCCCAGGUACAACCCACCUCAUUCCCUGUCCCCCACCCUGAGCAGGAACUGGCUGACCAGCCUGUCCAGGUGGCUGCUCCCCUUGGGACUCUGAUAGAUGUUCAGCAUUUGGAAACAGCUCCCCCUGUCUUAUCCACUGGACAGACUCCUAUAUGGGGAAGCAGAAUGGACACAGAAUCUCCUGCAGCUGCAGGGUCUCCAGUCCCUGCUCCAGCCUCAAUUUCGGUCUCGACUACAGUUCAGUUUGAAGCCAAAGCCCCGGUGCGAACUCCACCUCCAGCUCCAGGGUCAGCAGCACCUCAGACUCCAACACAAGCUCAAAAAACACUGCAGCCUGUGGCCUUAGCUCAACUUCAGGCACCAAUAUCUGCAUCGACUUUCACCGUCGAGCUCACAAUGGUCUCCUCUGUGAGCUCAGCUGCAUCGCAGAUCUCCACCCCAAGUUUGGUCUCAGACUCAGCUCAUGUCAGUCUGUCAGCGCCGAGUCAGGCUGCGGCUCCUGCUGGAGUUUCAGUUCUACAGCCCUCUGGCGUCCACACAACAGUCCCAGUGUCCGAGUCCGCCAGCCUGGCUCAGCACAACGUGGAGGCAACAUCCGUCCCUGGGAGCUUUCAGCAGGAGAUCUGCGCAGAGGAUGUUCUUCGUGACAGAGCGAUAUCACUAUCCAGUUACACCUACGACAGUGUUAACUCUGACGUAGCCUCGGGUCGGGAAACAAGCGAUGGCUAUGAAAGCUUAGCAAGUGGGAGCAAAGGUGACUCAAAACCCAGGAAACAUCAUCGGAAGUCUGCUCGCACACGUUCCAGGCAAGAGAGGACCAGCAAACCCAAGCUGAGCAUGCUCAAUGUUUGCAACACUGGUGACAAAAUGGUUGAAUGUCAGCUGGAGACUCACAACCACAAAAUGGUAACAUUCAAGUUUGACCUGGACGGAGACGCUCCGGAGGAAAUUGCCACCUACAUGGUGGAGAAUGGUUUUAUUUUGCUGUUAGAGAAGGAGAUCUUCAUUGAUCAGCUGAAAGACAUUGUGGACAAAGCAGAAGACAUGCUGCAUGAAGACAUGGGGGAUGAAAAAGACACAACUUUGAGUUGCAGUCCUCUGCAGGGCCAGAUGUCUGAGGCAGGAGAGAGUCAGCAGUCAGGGGCACCGCAGCCUGUAUAUCAGCAGAAUGUUCUUCACACAGGAAAGCGAUGGUUCAUCAUCUGCCCAGUGGAGGAGACGCCUCCCUGCGUUCAGGACACUCCGUCUGAGGGGACAGCGACGCUGUCACCUGGGAGCUCAGCCAACACCCAGCCUGCUGACAGCACCACUGCAAAGCCGUCCACAUCCAGAGAAGAGGGGUCAUCCUCCACAAUGUCUGGUGCAAGUGGAGGGUUCGUUCAUGAAGUUUAUGGUUUCUACAGUCCUCCAAUAACAUCCAACACUGACCCCCUCCUCUUGGCCACCCUGUCGCCUCCCGUGUCUGCACCCGCCACUCUCCAGUCAGUGUCUGCAAUGGAGCCUGCAGGCAGUUCUCUGCAGACUAGCUUGCAUGGAGCCAAGGCUCAAACGUUUCCCCCAUCGUUGCCCCACACUUCUUACCCAGUGGAGGAUUCACAGGGGUCUCCUCUUGGGUCGCUCUCCCCUACCCAUGGAGCUCAGAAGGCUCUCGAUUUGACCCACUCAGCAUCCAUUGUUGAUGAGGUGCCCUGCUGUCCACUCGUCAUGCCCCUGUCCUUAGAUGUGAACCCUCCCCAGGGCAGGUCACCUCUGGCCCCUCUCCCCCUCCAGGAGCUGGGUGCCACCAAAGAGUCGACAUCUGUCUCCUACGCUCCUGCAGUGCGCAGCGAGUUGCCACAGCAGCCAGUCGUCCUCCACCAGCCUUUCUCCAACGUGGGAGGCUCCAAAGUGUCCUCGCUUCCCCAAAGCCCGGCACCAUCCCAGCACGGCGCGGGGCCAAGCGAGUCUGAUGGCGAAGGACGGGUCGGUCGGGGAGGUUUCGUCGAUAGCACCAUUAAAACUCUGGAUGAAAAACUGAGGAACCUGCUCUACCAGGAAUACGCUCCAAUGUAUCCAUCAGGCAGCGCGGCAGAGACACCAGGAUCUGGGACAGAGUAUAUCCAGUUUCCUCCGGGCCCGGACAGCGCCACUGGAGGGUCAGGAAACAGCACCCCGGGUCCGAUAGGGGAGGGACGCUACCGGGCAGGAGAACAACUUCCUCAAAUUCCUGAGAGAAUGGAAAGCCUGAGCACUCUGAGCGACUCUGCUGUUUGUGCUUCUUUGUCAAGACGGCACGUUCCUCACUCUGUGUCCUGCUCUGGAACUAGAGGUCGAUUUAAGAUCAUCUCUCUUCCUCCUGAAGUGGCAAACAGAAGAGAUGUGAAGCAGAGGAGCUGGAGCAGCGCCGCCUCCCCUGCACACCCCGGUGGAUACAACGGGGACCCGAUUCCACCUGAAGCCUUGGCUACCUCCACCACCAUCGGACGUUUCUCUGUGGUGAGCACUGAAGAUGACAUCACUCAGAGGACGCGCUGCAGCCGCUACUCUGCCCCGCCCGACUUCUACCUGGACACUCCACCUCCCAUGGACUCAGGAGCAGAGAGCAGCCCUGCUAAGCUGGCUCCUGCCACUCCGUCCCAGUACGCUCGCUCUGAGCGCAGAGGAAGUGACCUCAUGAAAAGAGCAGUGGCUUUUCUCCGUCGCACUGGCCGCAGCAGCAGCGUGCAGAGCUCUGAUUCCCCAAGCAGACAUGGAGGCUUGCCUGGCUCGGCCUACGCCAGCAGCGACAAUGACUCCGAGAUGGAGGACUCAGACAUAAAGAGGGAACUGCAGAGACUCAGAGAGAAACAUCUGAAGGAAAUCUCAGAGCUGCAAGCACAUCAACGUGGAGAGGUGGAGCUGCUCUAUCGCAGACUUGGUAAGGUUCCUCCUCCUGGCCUCGGCCUCUUACAUGUUGCACCGCAUACAAGCCGCAGGAAGAAGUCCAGCAAACACAGACUGAAGCCCGGGAAACUUCUCAGCCCGCUAGUUCAGCAAUUUAGAAAUGUCAAAACCAAAAGCAGCGACUCCACUAAACCAGGUGCUGCUCCAGGUCCCAGUGAGCCAGCAGUGAGUUUAAAUGGUUCUCCAGGCAGAACUUCCUUCCCGACCCACGGCAGGCCACGGUCGUGUACCAGCCACCUUCCCAGCUCGGCUUCAGAGCCGGUGCAGACUCAGCAACCCUGCUCCCUGAAAGGCUCCAUGUCCUCCGAUAACAUCUAUGCUGGACUACAAGGAGACGUCGCCGGCACACAAGCUCUGCCUGAACAGGGCUGGUCUAAUUACCCUCAACCGUCUGAGAGAGUGACCUAUAAGUCCAGUAGCAAACCACGAGCUAGAUUUCUCAGUGGGCCUGUGUCUUUGUCUAUCUGGUCAACACUCAAAAGGUUGUGUCUCGGUAAAGAGCGAGGCAGCAGGUCUGGGGCCUCCGCAUCUGGAGCCUUCAAUCAGUCACAGCAAAUGCACAGUGCUACGCCUCCGCCCCAGCAGCCUGUUGUUGGCCUGGCCCAAGCUCAGGCCAACAACAGCAAUAACAAGACAGGCACAUCUAUGAGUCCCAGUGAAAACAACCUGCCUGAAGACCUACAAGCUCUGAUGGACGACUGGGCCCAGGAGGUGCUGAUUGUGACCCACCGACCUCGUACCGACUCUCUGAGUAUCCGUGGGCAGCAGCUGUGCCCCCAGGUUGUGCCUCAAACACUUGAACAGCCGCAUCAGGCUUUAAAUACAUCACCGUGGACUCCACCCGGUCCACAGGCUUGUGCUUUAUCCUGGCCUGAAAGCCCUGGGCCUGCAGUGAUGGCCGGCCCCUUGACCGGCCCCUUUCACACGUAUCAGCUACAUUCUCCUGCUGCGUUCACAGCUUUACCCUCCCCUCUUUCCUUCAAUCAGUGGCCUGGGUAUUUCUUUCCAGUUUCUGCCGGGGUCUUUGCCUUUCCUGCUGUGCCCUCCACCCUCUCCAGCCCUACUUCAUCUUCAUCUCAUCAGCUGACUGACCCCAAGGCAAAGACUCUUUAAUCUGGGUAGCAUUGUGUCUUCCCACUCUGUUACCAAAACCUUAACUUAUAUUACAGCCGCUGUAGUCAAUAUAAUGUGCAUAGAGUGUACAUAUUUAACCAGCAUGUGUUUAAUAAUAUGUAUAUAUCCAUCUCCACUCUUGAAUUUUAUGUUGUUUUAUUUCAGUCAACAAAUGUCAUGUUCAUAAUAUAGUAAAUAUUAUUUUACAUGCAGUACAUUGUAAGGAGAACUAAAAUUAGCCAGAUCAGCCUUGAAGUGCAGACGUCUGUCUGUGUUUAUUGAUGCACAUUAAUACUCACAGAAUGUACAUAAUGUACUGUUCAGUCAUUUUGUACUUAGAAGUAGAAGUUGUGUUGCUCAUUUCACCCCCAUAUAUUUAUACAUACAAGCUGCCAUGUGUAUAUAUGAAUUUUUGUUUGUCUGUACAAAGCCUAUGUGUUUGUACAAUUAACAGAGGGUAAUCCAUAGUUUGGUGCUGCAGCUGUGGAUUUCAAUGCAGCACCUUAUUAGGAACCAUUAUGCCAUCACUGUGAAGACUUGACCUUGUGGUCACUAGGACCUGUUGCUUUACUCUGCUUUCUCAGCUCUUUAUGUAGACAUGUUUCAUUCUUCAUCAGUGAAACACUUCCAGCACAAGCGCUUGCAAUAUCCUUAAGAGAUUUGAAUGAGCUUGAACUUUAUCCUCAGGUGCAAACACACCUGUGAGAGUGCCUUCAACUGCAAUUUCAGUUUUCAAAAGAAAAGCAUUUAGAUAUAAAGCAGAAACUAGACUUAAUUAAUCCAUUCGCUGCUGUGUAUCUGUUAAAAGGUUGCAAAAGUAAGGAAUCUGAGCGAUAUCUCCAAAUAUUUCCGAAUCUCACCUCCUUCAGCUCUCCCAACACCAAAGCAUUCAACAAGCAUUGAAGGUAGACCAUUGAGCCACAUAUCUUCCUUGCAGGCUUCUAGAGCAUCUGUACUCAAUCUAUCCAUCCAUCCAUCCAUGUAUUUGGGACCUUAUUCAGUUGGUCACUUCUUCUCCAAAUAAGGAAGCAACUCUUAGUCUCAAAAAAUGUUGUCCAAAUGACACUGUGGUAUCAAAUCUUGGAGUCCUACUUUUUAUUUUAUUGUGUUUUUUUGUUUGCUUUUUGAGGUAUAAUCACAUCAUCAGCAAAACUGUCAGAAAUUCAGGAAAUAUUUGGAAAUGCUCCUUUAUUUUUUUUAAUAGUACAUAUCUUUAUAAUUCCAACCGCAGUCUAUGGACCCACAGUUCUAAACCCUUUCUGGUUAAUACAUGACGCUAUGUCAGAUUGGUUUAUGUGCAAAGAAAAACCUCUAUAAGUUUUCUACUACUCUGCACAUGGAAGUAAAAAUGCAUAAAAAAUGCACAUGAUGUUAGUUUAGUUAGUAUGUAAGGAUAGGCUGGGGAUUAAGGUUAUGCUUAGUUGUAUAGAUAGAGAGCAAAGAAGAACCAGAAACAGACUGGGAGUAGCAGGGCUAGAGAAUGUCAGCACCUAAAAUCUACAUUUGCAGCUGGAAAUAUUUUUAAGAUUUAGUUAAUAAAGAUUCUGAACAUGAGCAAGUCCUGCAUCCAUUAGAACUGUCCUGGUUUCUUCUGUGAACAAUAUCAAUCAAACCUCCACCACUAGAUAUGGAGGUUGAAAGACUCAUAGCAAAACCCUGGUGAAGAAGCACCAUGUACAGUACAUUACUCAGGACACUUGAAGUAUCAAAACUAGGUGAGUAAAGGUAGGUGCUUGUUCAAGCAUUCCAGAGCUUUUAUAGUGUUCAUCAUCCAGUACUUUAGUCACGCUGUUCUUCCUCAACCAAUGUGCCACUUUGGCCAUUCAAAAUGUUUAUAUUCAUGCUUGGACAAACUACAACCAAAACAGUGAAACAAAGGACACAACCUGCUAAACUCCUCUAUGCAGAUCUACCACUCCAGAGAUUUUCAGCUGCUUCAGCCAAAAAUUUGGUCAGCCCUGAAAAAGUCACAACCCUGAGAUUAUUAACAGAAUGCAUUUUAGGCAAACUGAGGAGAUUAUCUCUGUACAUGUCCAACAGCAAGAACAGCCUUUUUAAAGUCAUGCUGAAACAUCUCUGUUUUAGUCCAUGUUUUGGUAGCUGGACUCCAUUUGGUCUGAGAACUGAUGACACGUGUAUGAAGCAGAUAAAAUAAACCUUGAACACAAAAAGGUUUUUCUCAGCAAACAUGUUUUUAAUAUUUAUUUUGACAUGAAAUUCACACUACAUGUCAGUCAACCUGAGUAAAACCUACACGUGUUUGUACUCUUUUGCUUUUGGGCAAGAAUUAUUUUAAUCAGUCAGAAAUCUUCCUAGAGGAAAAUGGCUGUUGAGGGUUUAUGGUGAAGUUAUUUUCUUUUCACUUCUGUAUUAUGGCUGCAAAUGCCAUCACUGUAUCAUUCAGGAAGUUUGAAAUGCAGCAUUCUUUUUUGAUUUGAUACAUAUUUUACCCACUAUAAGUAAUCAUUACUCUGCAAUCUAAUAGGAUUGGUUUCCAUGGAGAUCACGUGAGUUUACGUUGGGUCUUUUUAAACUCCAAGUGUUUAACUAGAUAAGUACAAACGCCCGUCAUUUGAUUAGAUUACGAAGAGAAGCCACCUGGUGAAAUUACAAGAAGCAAGCCACUACUUGUUGCCUUUCACAUAAUUUGCCCCAACAAAUCAACUUCACACUUACUGAAGUACUGGUGUUGUAUGUUAAUUUGAGUCCAACUAUAUCAAGCUGAAAUCUCUGAACCUUUAACUUUGAGCUGCCACAUCUCCACAGUCUGCUUGAAUUUACUGAAAUGCCAAAUGUUAGUGACUAAACCACAUUACAAGGAGGACACAAGGACUUAAUACACAAAUAAAAACCAUCAUCGUCAUCAUCAUCAUAUACCUCUUCUCUUGCAAUCUGUAGCUUUACAUACUGUUGCCUUCCUGAACUUGGAGAGAUUUUUGCGUGGAUAUUAUAUGAUUAUUUCUAUUAUUUUCUUUAAAAUGCUGGCAGUAGAAAAACAGAAUAAAGAAUGUGAAGACUAAGAUUA